AUGAUACUGAUUAGUCAGGUUGAGCUCUGGUCUAUCAACAGCCAAGUCUUUGACACUUUCGGUGCAGACACCGACAACUGCGUUGAUAGCCAUAAAUUAGCACAGAUAUCAUGUCUAGAAGAUUCGUAUAAACAAUGCCGCGGGUAUUGGCUGGGGACUAUGGAUUUUGACACAAGAGAUCACUUUGCAGGUCGCAUGUUCGACUUCUAUUUCCAUUCUGCAAAGUUUUAUCUCUUCUCACAUGUGUUUCGCGGUCAAUCGGAGCUUUCAACCGAAGCGCUCAGAGAUGUGGAACAUUAUGCUCUGCGUGCACUGGAGCAUGCCCUGUCUAUUGUCUGCUUUGUCUCUUGUGAGACACGUGAAUGUCUUCAACAACUACCUUACUAUAUUGGAGCAGUGACUGCAUUUGCUUCCGUCUGUCUUGUGAAAGCAUCGAGUCAGAAGCGUGACAUCAUUUGCAACAAAGAAGGCGAGGAUAUCAUCACACAUCUGCAUCGACUGGUCCAAGUCCUUCAUCCACCCCCGGGAGAGACCCAGUCAAGUCAUCCUUUGUUGGGCAUUGCGAAAGGCCUAGAUACUGCCAUGCACUCGGCGGGAGCACAUCAGUUUGAUCAUAAUCAGCAUUCACUCCCUGAUUUCAAUGGACUGUUUGAAUUUGACUUUGCCCUUGAUGGACUUGACAUAUUCAAUGUAGAUUCUACUGAGCUUUCUACUGCUGGGACUACGGGAACAUUCCCCUUGUCUGAACGCGAAUAA